GAUACAGGUACAUCUGCUAUUUUCCCCCUGGUUCCCUGCUGUUCACUGGCCCAGAGUAUGCAAGAAAAUAUCCUAAUUGGCUGCAUUAUAAUAGGUUCAGUAAAGCCAGAGACAAUUGAGUGGACAACAAAAGAUAAAAGUCAAGUUAAUGAAAAAAGAUAUGAUGCUGCUCAAAUCAGCAUUCUGGCCAUUCCAUCUCAGGAUUGGAACAAUAAGCAUUUUACCUGCUCUAUCAAGGAAGAUAAUACAAAUAAAAAGUUCGACCUACAAAGAAGGUGCGGAAAAAGCUAUUCAGAUCCCAUAGUUGAGACCUUGAUAUCUUCCUGUGCAGCUAUAGAUAUAGUACCUCUGACUUGUUUUGUUACCAACUUUAGGCCAAAUGUAACUAAACUGGUCUGGCUUAGAAAUGGUGUCGCUGAAAAUAAUUAUGUUGGAUUCAGCCCUGAAUUAGACAAUGCACAUAUUGUUAUGGGAAAGAGCAUUAAGAAUGUGUCAAGUGAAAGCUGGAAUAAAGAGGAUAUAUAUACAUGUCAGGUGACCUCCCAUGAUAAAUCAAUCAUCAGGAACAUCAGCAGAUGUUCAGCAUGCCAGAGCACCUCUGGGGAUCCUGUUGUAAUACUGGAUCAGCCAACAAAUGAAGAAUUGUUUUCUAAUGAAGGCAAAAUUACUUGCACAGUCUUUGGGAGUAAAUUGGAUAUCAAGGAAGUAUACGUAAAAAGAAACGGGAUUAAAGUCAACACUGAAGACAACAAAACACAAGAUGAUAAACAUGUAAAGAUCACUUACAAGAUUACACUUGAACAAUGGGAAUCAACCACAGAAUUAUCAUGUGUGGCUACCAAGUAUUGCACUAGCACAGACACUGAAAAGACUAUAAAAAUAGAAAAGAAAAAGACAGAGCCUAAAGACUUCAAAAUCCCAUCCGUCUCUGUGUCCAGACUUUACCACCAUGAAUUUCAGGAAGGGGAAUGGAUCACUCUGAUCUGCAAAGUCACUGGAUUUUACCCAGAAGAGAUUGGUAUCAAGUGGGAAAAUAAGAAUAAGGGGGUCAGUGCAUCUUCAUAUACCAGAAGUCCAGUGAGUUGUUCUGAGAAAAGCUGCUCUGCCUUUAGUCUCUUGAAAUUUUCCAAGAAGGAGGAAAUAGGAGGGUACCAAUGUGUUAUACAGCACAAGAGCUUAAAACAGCCCAACCGAAGGAUUUCCCAAAAAGUAACAGAGACCCAAAGAGAACCUUCUGUUCUUGUUCUUCAAUCUUCUGAUUCGGAGGAGAAAAAAACUCUUGCCUGUAUUGCGGAUGGACACUUUCCCAAGGACAUAAAGAUUGAAUGGAAACUUCAUGAUGGAAGUACACUUCCUUCCUCAACUGAAACAGACUACAAGAACAAUGGGACCUUCAGAACAAUUUGUAGCAUUCCAGUUAAGAAAGACUAUUGGGCCAUGGGCCAUACCUACAAAUGUGAAGUCACACAUAAAUCUAUAGUGAAAAAGAUAGUGAAGAACAUUAAUGCAUUUGGUCUCUUUGCUAGUAAGACUUCACAUGUUUCUUGUGUGACCAAUGCCAUCAAUGCUUCCAUAAAGUGGAUUUUAGAUGGGAAGCCAAGAUUACAAAAUGAUAGUAAGGAACAAAUAAUCCAUAAUAAUAGGACCUGGAUCAAAAGCACCAUUAGCAUUGGCUUUAAAGAAUGGAAUGCAGCUUCCAAUUUUAGCUGUAUGUUGGAUGUUCCAAAGGAACUGCCACAAAGCCAGUUGAAGACAUACAAGACCCAAAGAGAACCCUCUGUUCUUGUACUUCAAUCUCCUGAUUCUGAGGAAAGGAAAACACUUGUCUGUAUUGCGGAUGGACACUUUCCCAAAGAAAUAAAGGUUGAAUGGAAAGUUCAUAAUGAAAGUCUAGAUUCUUCUUAUAAUGAAACAGAGUACAAGAGUGAUGGGACAUACAGAACAAUGUGUAGCAUUGAAGUUAGCAAAGAUGAUUGGGCCAAAGGUCAUACCUACACCUGUGAAGUCUCACAUAAAUCCAUCUCUAAAAACAUAGUUAAGACCAUUAAUGCUUUAGGUCUGCUUGUUGAUAAGACUGCACAUAUUUCAUGUGUCACCAAUGCCAUCAAUCCUUCCAUAAAAUGGAUUUUAGAUGGAAAGCCAAGAUCCCAAAAUGAUAGCAAAGAACAAAUUAUACACAACAAUAGGACCUGGUUCAAAAGCACAGUUAGCAUUGACCUUGAAGGAUGGAAUGCGACUUCCAAUUUUAGCUGUAUGUUAGAUCUUCCACAAGAACCAAAGCUAAAUGUCUUAAGAACGUAUAAUACUACGCAGCCUACCGAUACUCCUUUUAUUUACCAAGAUGAAGGAGGAGAGGAGCUCAGUGACACAGAAGAUACCAGUAGUGUGUGGACAACAUCAACCACUUUUAUUACUCUUUUUUUAAUUACCAUUGUAUACAGCACCUUUGUUACAUUCAUUAAGGUGAAAUAAGUACCAAGAAGGAAACUGACUAUUUCAUCAACUAUUCUACUUUACCUGCACUACUACUCACCUCACUUCUAUAACUUGUAAGCUGGUGCUAGCAGGGUCCCAUUCCCUAAUAUAUCAGUUUGUUUGUUACUUAUUAUAUACCCUUAUGUGCAGUGCUACUCAAUAUCUUGGUGCUUUAUAAACAAAUGUAACCGGCAGCAUAAGCUUUCUUGUGUCAUGAAAAAUCCUGUGCAGCCAGAAUAAAUUACAAUCACAGGCAAAGUCUGUAUGCCGAUAACUUCCUCAGGGACUAACACACGAACAUCGCUUUUGUGGAGUCAGUUAAAUAUUUUUAUUUUUAAAGCCUUGGUGCCAUUGCUUAGUUUUGUUAAUUUUAAGAUAAACAAUCCUAAGUAAAAAUGAAAACCUUCUUGCUUCCACCCAAUAAUACUAACACAGUUAUGCCUUUGAGAAAAGAAUGUCAUUCUUCAUUUAAGAAUAAAACUACUCUCCUCAACCAUAAAAAUAAAAGAUUGUCUUUAUUAAACCAAACUGA